UCGAGGAGCAACUUAAAGAAGCUGAAAAACAAAUCCUAAACACCGCCAUUGCCUUAAAUCUUGGAAACAAAUAUAAAGAUAUCAAGAUACCGAGAUACAACGAGCUUACUAGUCGACGAAUUUAGCAUUGAUAGUGCCGAGCAGCCUUUCCCGCCCUGGAUAAUCAACUUUUUGGAGUAGCAAAUAACCCGAAACCCCAAACCAAUGACCACACGCCUCGCCCCGCAGCGCCAGUUCAUCAUCUCGACGCGCUCCGCCAUCGCGAAUGCCACCACGGCAGCGGAGGAGGAUUCAGCGGAGGAGCAGCAGCUGACCGUCGAGGUGGAGAGCCCCACCAGCGGCACCGUUGCGGCCAGCACCACCAAUAGCACCGCCUCGCCACCGCAUGCCGAGCAGUUCGAGUUCUGCACGGAGGAUGGAGUCGUGGUCUCGGCAACCCUGGAGGAUGUCAUGACACAGAACUGCCAGCUCUUGCAGAAGAAACUAGACGACGACGACGAGGAUUCGACGGGAGCAGGGACAACGGGUAACGACCAGCUGGAGGUGAUCCGCGUCGUACUGCCCAUGGACGCCGACGACUCGAGCAGCGAUGCCCACCUCCAUGGGCACGUGGUGAACAGCAGCAGCGACGCAAUCGGCACCAUUACCACCACGGAGCCCAACGGCACCACCGUGACCCACUCGAUACCCAUCCACAGCAUGGCCGACCUGGCCUCCAUCAAGGAUGGCGUGGAUCUGGCCCAGCAGGUGGCCAGUGGACAGGUGACCGUGGUGCAGGCCACCGAGGACGAUGAUGGAACGCCGUUUAUUACUGUGACGGUUUCGGGCCAAGAGCAGAACUACCAAGUGCAAUAUGUGGACUCGGAGCUGUACCACAGCAACUCCAGCCAGACGCAAAUGACCUAUCCGUUCUGCCCGGUGGGGGAUUAUCAAGGCAACGGGCAGACGGCCUACUACUCGACCACGGGCCAGUACGGAGCCACCUCCUCGGCCGGCGGCUCCUCGAACGGAGCCCACUCCACGACGCUGCCGUACCUGGUGCCCGUGGAGGAGGGCAUCCUGCUCAACGGCUCCGCACACUCGCUGUCGCAGUCGCAGUCACAGUCGCAGUCGCACGGACGCGAUUCGCCGCACAGCCUGACGGUGAGUAGCAGGGAUUGGGAGCGGGAUGCGGACCGGGUGAACGGAACUAAUCGCCACUGGGUGCAGGAGGUCGCGUACAUCCAGGAGGCGCAGAGCACGCCCCAGACGCCCACCUCGACGACCACGACCCAUUCGGCCAGCGGCGGCAGCCUGGGAACGGGCGGCGGAGGCGCCUCCCCGGAUUCCGACCAGAGUGCGCUCGGCAGCAGCAACAAGAUUGCCUCGGCAACGAUCAAGUGGCUGUCGCGCAACUACGAAACGGCGGACGGGGUGAGCCUGCCCAGAAGCACACUGUACAACCAUUACAUGCAGCACUGCAGCGAGCACAAGCUGGAGCCCGUGAAUGCGGCCAGCUUCGGCAAGCUGAUACGUUCCGUGUUCUCCGGACUGCGCACACGUCGCCUGGGCACGCGCGGCAACUCCAAGUACCACUAUUAUGGCAUCCGCAUCAAGCCCGGCUCACUGCUGAACAGCCAGUCGAUGGACGACAAGCAGAUGCUGGCCGCCGGCUAUGGGGGCCCGGCGGAUGGCUCUGGAUCCGGAUCCGGUGGACCCGGCAGUGGGCCCAUGGUCAGCGUGACCAGCAGCACGGCCGGACAACUGGGUGGUUCGAAUGGACUCGGCGGUGGUCAGGGCCAGCGGCACGGCGGCACCAAGAAGCACACCUUCAAGCCGGAAACCUAUGAGGCCUGCAUUCAGUACAUUGGCGAUGGCACCAGUGCCCUGCCCUCGUUUCCGGCCAUCGAGCUGAACCACAGUUUCAACAGCGAACUGACUUUGGAGGACGUGGACACAUUCCGGGCCCUGUACCGCGAGCACUGCGAGUCCUUCCUGGACGCCGUGCUCAACCUGGAGUUCAACACCGUGGAGUUCCUGCUCCGCGACUUCUGGCGGGCCAGCGACAACAACAACCUGGACGAGUGCGAGGAGGAGAAGUACUUGAGCAAGACGAAGCUGUAUCUGUUGUGCCACUGCGCAGAAGUGCAGAAGUUCGUGCGAGAGGUGGACUACCAGUUCUACCAGAACACCGUUGAUGUCAUCAUACCGGAUGUGCUCCGCUCCAUACCGAACGCCCUGACCCAGGCCAUCCGCAACUUUGCCAAGAACCUGGAGAUCUGGCUGUGCGAGAGCAUGCUGGGCGUGCCGGAGCAGCUGGCCCAGAUCAAGACCAGUGCCGUCUCGGCCUUCUGCCAAACGCUGCGGCGCUACACCUCGCUGAAUCACCUGGCCCAGGCCGCUCGAGCCGUACUCCAGAAUGGUGCUCAGAUCUCCCAGAUGCUCAGCGAUCUCAAUCGCGUGGAUUUCCACAAUGUUCAGGAACAAGCCGCCUGGGUGAGUCAGUGUGCCCCCGCCGUGGUGCAGCGUUUGGAGAGCGACUUCAAGGCGGCGCUGCAGCAACAGAGCUCCCUGGAGCAGUGGGCCACCUGGCUGCAACUGGUGGUGGAGUCCGCCAUGGAGGAGUACAACGGAAAGCCAACCUAUGCCCGAGCGGCCCGUCAGUUCCUGCUGAAGUGGAGCUUCUACAGUUCGAUGAUCAUCCGGGACCUGACCCUGCGAUCCGCCUCCAGUUUCGGCAGCUUCCAUCUCAUUCGCCUGCUGUUCGAUGAGUACAUGUUCUACCUGGUGGAGCACAAGAUUGCCGAGGCCCAAGACAAAACAGCCAUUGCGGUUAUCUGUGAAAGGAUGAAAAAGGACAUGGACUUUGAAUUCGAGUGCCAGUUCGCCUACAUUACCAGCGACACGGAGCAGCAGACGACGCCCAGCUCGGCCAGCAGUGGCGGCGACGUGGGCAACGAGGCCAAGCGACUGAAGCAGGAAUGAGGCCCCGAGAUUGGGAUGUGGCUGCGGCUGCAGUGGCUGGCAUUGAGCGGAGUACUCGUAGUGUAUAUGUAACCAGUAAUCCUUAUCCCCAUCAGUGUGCACCCCCAGCCCCUGUCGUCACCAGUCGUUCAGCUCUGCAUUUACUAGUGGAUCCGUGUUGUAUAUCCGUAACCGUACCGUAUCCGUGUGCUAGUUUUUAGCCCUAAGUUCUCGCACCAGCAGAGUAGUCAGUCAAAAUUGUAGUGGUUAGUUUUAGGCAGGUAACGAACUCAUAUGCAGUGAUGGCUCUCUUGGACGGAAGCAUCUAUUGUUUAGUUUUUUUCUAAGUAUGCCAUGUAUUUUUUAGUGGAGUUUGGAAAACAAAGUUAUCUUCUUAGGGCACACUUUGAUUAAAUUUCAUAAAUAUGGACAGGAAAGAUAACAAUAAAUUUAUUAAAGAUAUAUUUUUCCCCAUAGGAAAUAUUUUUUUGUUACAAGCCAUGUUAACCAAGUAUUGUUUUUGUAUGUACUAUUAAUACAAAUGAUAUUUUCAACGAAAUUAGCCGACCGCCCAAGAAAGCUUUAACUGGAAUCUUACGAGUAUCGGACUGCCCCCGCAUCGAAGUGAAGAGCCGUCCAGAAAGCAGGCAAGUUGAAAGCCAGCUCGGCAGCAGCGUCUGGCCUUGUCUGCCAUGAUCUGUAUUCGUAGGAUACGCUUUAGUUUAAGUACAUGUGCAUUAAUAAUUGUAAUCAACUGUCUACUAUAACGAUGGGUUCGGCGGUGGCAUCAGUUUUGUCUGGUUUCAACAAACGAUCUUGUAUAUCAUAGCGCACGGCGCACCCCACACACAUAGUCUUAACACCCACACGCGCACUCAGAGGAUUUAGUCAGGGGGGUCAAUAGGUUAUAGCGAUGGAACACAGCUCACAACGAACAGCUUGCUCAAAUUGAAAAGGAACAACAGGCCUUAAAUGUGCAAAGAUCAACACUCAAUUUUGAAACAAUACAAUUUACCAUACCUAAUAUAUAUAUAAAUAUAAAUGAUAUAUAUAAAGAUACAUAAAUGUAUAUGUAUAUUUUAACUACAAGGAAUCAUUUUAUUACGAAACAUGUAUUUUAACAGAGAGGCGCUCAUCAGAGUAUUUUAUGCCAUUUUGGGUAAGAGUACCAAGCAGCAAGCGAAACAGUUUUUUAAGUCAACUAACUAGCAUUAGUCAACUGAAAGGGGUUCGGUGUGCAGAUCUGCAUCGAACCCCAACCGUCUAGUCCUAAAGCACACAUCUGAACUAUAUGCUCCGUUCGGCACAAGAAAUCGACGAUAAUAACUUAUAUUCUCCUUGCGGGGAACUGGUUCUGCUCAAAUUGCAAAUGCUUAAAUAGAAUCUAAGUUCUAUUGGUUGUUGAAAAAUAAAAGUAAAUCGAAAACUGAAAAUUUUAAAAUGUCAAAACUAUUUAUGUAUGUGAAAUAAAAACCGUCAAAGA